AUGGUAGUCAACGUUCCGAAAACCAGAAAUACCUAUUGUAAGGGGAAAAAUUGCAAAAAGCACACUCCCCAUAAGGUCUCUCAAUACAAGAAGGGAAAAGAUUCUCUUUAUGCUCAAGGAAAAAGACGUUAUGACCGUAAACAAUCUGGUUAUGGUGGUCAAACUAAGCCGGUCUUUCACAAAAAAGCCAAGACUACCAAAAAGAUUGUCCUUCGUUUAGAAUGUCAGAGCUGUAAAUAUAAGCAUCAGAUAGCGUUAAAACGAUGCAAACAUUUUGAACUUGGUGGUGAUAAGAAGACAAAGGGAGCUGCUCUCGUGUUUUAA